AUGUUGUUGCCAGACAGUCACGACACCACCUCACACCUCAGGUACCCAACCCUCACGAGUCCCCAUUACCACCCCACAUCCCUCCCUAUCGAACUCAGAGAGCGUUUUUCUGUGUCCACUUUACGUUAAAGAGACAUUAGACCUCCUCCUUCUCUGCGAACCUGCUCUCCUGCUCUCUCCUCUCUGGCCCAGGGCUCUACAUGAAUAAAUGGGGAAAUGUCUCCAUAUCUCAGAGUGACAGCGUGCCGACCCCCACUGCGAGUGAAGUCGAGUGUGACCCCCUAGCCCGGGCCCCAGCAGGGUGCCCAUUAUCAAACACAGGCAGCAGGCCCUCACUACGGCUGCCCUAAUCCUGUCUGACAUUUUUAGAGUCAAAUGUUACACAAUACAACCAAGACAAGAGGAGAGGAAAACAACAAAUUAAUCUUUCAGAAGGACCCUAUUGGCAGGUAUGCUACAGUAUGUGGCACCACUACAUUAGGAUGUGGUUAUAACAUGCAAAGAUACACUAGGGGGUUUUAUGCAAACUCUGGGCAUUAGUUCCUGUCUGGAUUUAAGCAUCAACAUUUAAUGGUACAUUUGGAUGGUUGUUAAUUUACAGUAGCUGAUUACAGUAACAACCACUUAAUAUGACUGUUGAAGUGUAAGAACAAAUCUUCCUCCUCUUCAGAUUUUCAUUAUCACCAUCGUCAUCAUCACCAUCACCACCACCAACACCACCACUUUAAAUUGAAUUCAACAUGUCAUGAUAAAUGAAAAUAUAAAGAAAGAAAAGAGAGAAUAAUUCCAGGAGAGUUUUGUGGAGUUGUGUGUAGAGGUGUGUGGCAUUGAAGAAGAGCAUGUGUUUGCUCUGGGGCUCGGUUGUUAACCUGGCUGGUGUUUUAGCUCCAAUCAAAGGAAGAAGAGAUGGAAGGUGUGAGGAAGUGGGCCGGGCUGAAUGUGUCAGACCGGGAUCUCCCCUGAGAGGGCACUCCACUCGCACAGUCAGAGAAGCAGCCCUGUCAAACAAGGAAGCGGAUGAGGUGAGACGGGGUGAAUCUAGGUGUUAUGUGAAAGACGCUGCGGAUCACCCUGGCACCUCCCGAGCCCUGCUAGACUAAUGGGGCUUUAUCUAGAUUAGAGCUGGAUCAGAGUGGGUCUCUGGGCCUGUCUCCUGGUUAAGAAGAGUAUGGCGGAGUUACCAUGCCAAUGAGGUCAGCUUGGUGUUCUGCUAGCUAUGACAAGCCCAAGGACAGGGCAGAGAGAGGGUGCCAGGCCAGCCCAGCCUACUGUAGCCUAGCCCAGCCUUCCCCCCAGGCGCCUGUGUCCUGUCUGCUCCCUGUCUGUCUGUCUGUCUGUCUGUCUGUCUGUCUGUGUGUGUGUGUGUGUGUGUGUGUGUGGUGUGUGUGUGUGUGUGUGUGUGUGUGUGUGUGUGCGUGUGUGCGUGUGUGCGUGUGUGCGUGUGUGCGUGUGUGCGUGUGUGCGUGCGUGCGUGCGUGCGUGCGUGCGUGUGUAUGUUUCGUCCAGUAUACAGCAAGGGAUUACCCUCAGGGUGUCCGACAGCAGUGCUAAUCUGGAAUAAUCUGCAGACUAGUUCGGGCUGUACAACUCACAGGGAAUAAACAAGGGCUUAGUGUUACCCAUCGCUGAGUGAUACCAAAACAGAGCAUCAGGUCGUAAUCAGCCCAGUCAAAUACCAAAAAACAAAAUCCCUAUAUGUCUCCGUGGUGGCCGCUCGUGAUUAAACCCUAGUAGACUGAAUGAAAUAGUCUAGAUUCGUGAGGAUCUCAGGUCAGCAAAAUGAGGUAGUUUUAUACUGCAUGGUAGAUGUUUGUUUUAUCUUGUUCGGUUAGGUUACUGUAUGUGAAAACACUAAAAAGUACAAUACGGGUCACAUAUGGUGCAUGGUCACAGGGGUACAUGACAGAUGUGUCUGAAAGCUUGUGUGUGUGUGUGUGUGUGUGUGUGUGUGUGUGUGUGUGUCAGCUUCUGUGUGGACAGGACAUACAUACAUAAGCAUGUGCAAAUGGAUUCUCCACCUUCAUUCUCCCCCCUAUUCAUCUGGACCCCCAGUGGAGAGACUGACAGGCAAGUUACCAAUUAGUGCCAAUUGUCAUUCAGGCAGCUUGGUGAGGCUGCCAACUGACUAGGCCAACGACUGGCCUGGGACAGACUGGUGGGCCUUCUGUCUGCUCCUAACCAAGCCAACUCCCUGGCCCUGCCUUCUACCUGGGGUGUGUUCAGGGUUGCAUGGUUGUGUCAUUUCUGUCAAUUGAAUAGCAUGUCCCAUGGGUUGUAGAUGUUCCCUAUAACAUGAUGUCAAGUGUGAUCAAAUGAACAUCCUUUAGUGGGGUGCAGGGCCCAAAAAAAUAAGAAAUAGAGCGUGCACACUCAUUAGGUGCAGGAUCGAAACAUUGUUUGUCUGUGAAUAAAGGUAGGUGGUGGAGGUUAUGAGUGUGUGAGCUCUAUUUCCUUUAUAACAUCUUAGAACACUUUUUAGCAUUUACAACAACCCUGUCAGUUCUACUUGGUGCCGGCUCCCACUCAUUAUACAGCAUUUUUCUCCACUGACCAUCUCCUGGAAUUACCUCGAUCUGCUUAAUUGUGUGUGUAUGAUAUUGCGUGCUCUCCCCCAUCACUACACCAAAAGGAAGGGAAAGGGGAUAGCUAGUCAGUUGCACAACUGAAAUGUGUCUUACGGAUUUAACCCAACCCCUCUGAAUUAGAGAGGUGCGGGGGGCUGUGUUAAUCGACGUCCACAGCACAGUUGUUAGUGGUUAACUACCUUGCUCAAUGACGAUGAGUUAAAGUACCGUGGAAAUGUUGACCGCCUGGUGCUGUCGCAACAACCUGGAACUCAACACAGUCAAAACCGUGGAGAUGGUGGUUGACUACAGGAAAUUCCCCCUACCAUCUCUCCCCCUCGAGAUUGAUGGCUCAGCCAUCAGCACGGCCAAGUCAUUCAAAUUCCUGGGGAGCAUCAUUUCCCACAACCUCAAGUGGGAGGACAACAUCACAGCGGUCACCAAGAAGGCUCGACAGAGGAUGUACUAUCUGCACCAGCUGAGGAAACUCAAACUCUCUCUGACAAUUCUUGUUCGGUUCUACACAUCCAUCAUUGAGUCCAUCCUUACCUCUUCUAUCACCGUCUGGUUUGGGUCUGAGUCUACCUGCUGCAAGGGCAAACUGCAGCUCAUCAUCCGGUCUGCGGAGAAGGUCAUCGGCUGUCACCUGCCCUCCAUCAAGGACCUGCAUGUCUCCAUGACAAGGAAGUGUGCAGGUAAGAUCAUCGCCGACCUUGCCCACCCCGGACACCCCAUAUUUCAAAGACUCCGCUCUGGCAGACGGUUUAGGUUAAUCAAAACCAAAACCGCCCGCUACCUGAACAGUUUCUUCCCACAUGCUGUGGCCCUCAUCAACCGGCCAGGGAUUAAGUGACUUUGCAUUGGGCCGAUUACUGCACCUUGUCAUCAAUGACCUCGAGUACUAAUCUGCACCACAGGAGGCUGCUGAGGGGAGGAUGGCUCAUAAUAAUGGCUGGAACGGAGCAAAUGGAAUGGCAUCAAACACAUGGAAAUCAUGCCGCCUCAUGGGUCUCCCGGUCACAGCCGGCUGUGACACAGCCUGGGAUCGAAUCCGGGUCUGUAGUGACGCCUCAAGCACUGCGAUGCAGGGCCUUAGACCGCUGUGCCACUCUGGAGGCCGGGACUGUCUGUAUUCUGUUUGUAUAUUGUCUAUUGCUGGCUUGCCUGCCUUUACCUUGGCUGUCCUUGCCGCUCCACAUCCAGUUGCGUGGCAAGUUGUAUAUGGCUACUCCUCCUCCCUGUGUGUUCAUAAAGAUUAGGGUCAGGUGGUUAAGACACAGACAGACAGACAGACAGACAGACAGACAGACAGACAGACAGACAGACACAGACAAUGCCACAGAAAGCCCCUCACAUCCCUACAGAGCCAAGACUUGUUUGUGGGCACAACAACAUACUGUAAGUCAAUAAGACAAUACCAUCAUAAAAUGAGUUAAAAGUUUGGAAACAAGAUAUUAUGAAUAUGUAUUAGUGGUAGUUAUGUUCAUUGUACCACUUGUAUUGGAUUGGUUUAUCCUCACUGCUCCUAACCUUGACUUCUUCUCUGCGUCCGCUAUUAUUAUGGUCCGAGAACAGGAAUAGUCAAUUGCAUUUUACUACACAAUGACACACGAUGACACAUUGUAAUUUCAUACACUGAGUUUUUGGGGUUAAACUGUGAUAGCUAAUGGAAACAGACAGACAGGCGCCCAUAUAGAACAGACGGAUGGGCGGACAGACAGACAAUGUUGGAGAAGUCAGUCAGGUCAGUCACACGCUGCUCAGCAGCACAUGCAGCAACUCUUCAAUUAACCCUCCCCAUGACCACGGUCAUUCUCCCAUACAGCCGGUAUUGUUAGGCACAUGAACUACCUUGCCCCAGCAAAAUAAAUGCUUGCCACCUUUCAGGAGCGUCUCAGGAGGCACACACAGUCCCUCUAUUUACUUAUGAGGAAUGUAGCCUACGUAGACUACGAUAAGGAAGGCAGUGGUGGGCUAUACUAAGAUAUUUCUUGCCCUGUAUUAUUUCGAACCAUCCAGAUGCCAUUAACCCUUAGGCAUGGACCUGUUAGUUUUCAUAGGGUUUCCAUAGGGUAAACUUCCUAGACUUAGUUUUCAUAGGGUAGACUUCCUAGACUUUGUUUUCAUAAGGCUUCCAUAUGGUAAACUUCCUAGACUUAGUUUUCAUAGGGUAGACUUCCUAGACUGGCUACUGGGAGGCCGGUGUAAACAUAGUUUAAUUAUCGCUCUUAUUCUGAAAUAAUAAUGAAUUGAUCAUUCCCAUCCCCUAUCUGCCUUGUAAAACUACUUCCUCUUUUGUAUGUCUUCCAAUAUUGACAUUUAUGAAGGCAUCACAUUGCUAGACUGGUGAGUGGGUGGGUUGAACCACUGCCGCCCAGUGAGUGAUCGCAGCCCCAGUCACAUAGGCCUCAUAUGCUGCAGAUUACUCCCAAGCCAGAGCCCAAUAGAGAGAGGAAGACAGACCAGCUACCUUACCAGCUGCUGUUUCAUAACCAGAUUAAAGCUCCUCAAGUGCCAGGCAUGCCCCGCUCAUUAAAACCCUUGACUCCUAUAGCCUUUCCUUCACAUUACCUUGUUUAGAGUUGACCCAGCUCGUGUGGAGUGUGGGUUUACACUCUCACACACAUGCACACACACACAGGCAUUGAUGCACACAUACAGGCAGACAUACACACACGGCCGUGUACAGUCUCCUGUAAGGACAAUAAACCAGAGAGGAGAGAGAGAGAGAGAGAGAGGAGAGAGAGAGAGAGAGAGAGAGAGAGAGAGAGAGAGAGAGAGAGGAGAGAGAGAGAGGAGACCGAGAAGAGAGAGAGAGAGAGAGACGAGAGGAAGGAGAGAGAGAGAGAGAAGAGAGAGAGAGAAGAGAGAGAGAGAGGAGAGAGAGAGAGAGAGAGAGAGAGAGAGAGAGAGAGAGAGCUGGAAUCGUGCUCUGCUCAGGGAGGCGGCAGGAAAGGAGGGAGGGAGGGAGGGAAGCGGUGCAGGGAUGAACAAGUGAAUGUUUGGCAGAUUUUCAAAUAGGGGAAGAAAUAAGCCUUUAAAGCAUUCUGAUGACUGAAGGCAGGCAGAGACACAUCUUGUAUUCAGACUCUCCUGAGUCUGUGUGCGCAUGCAUGAAUAAUGAGAAAGCUUUCCCUGCCUGUAAUGUUUGGAUUCAGAGCAGAGUUUCUCAAAGGAAGUUCUCUCAGCCAAGGGACAGCCGAAGAACCCUUUUGGAACCCAAUGUUGUAACUGAUAUGGUGUAGAUUUGGUGUGGUGUAACUCCUGUAUAAUCAUAAUGGGAGUAUCAUGCUCUUUCUCACUCUGGGAGGGUGUCCAGUUACAGUAUCAUUUUCAGUAUUACUUUAUUUGGAUAGACCAAAAUAGAUGGGUUGUAGAUAUUCGGUAAAUGUUCAACUAACUGUCAACAACCUUUCAACUAUAUAGAAGAAAAAGAAAAAACAUUGGCAUGUCCACUAUCCCUUACGCUAGCCCUAACACUAGCUUCAUGUCCACAUCCAGGUUCAACCCACACCCUCAACCACAACCCUAACACUUACCGUAACCCUCAGUGGUUAAAUUGAACAUUUGAAGGUGGAGGAGCCCUAUUUGCGGGGGGUUAGGGUUGGGGUUGAAUCGGGAUGUGGACAUGAAGCUAGGGUUAGAGUUAUGGUUGUGGUUGACCUGUAUGCAGAAGCUCUUCUUCCCAUGGCCCAUAAAAUCAUUUUCGGUAUCAGGCUGACUCCCCUCAGAGGUAGAUUUAGAUAUGGGGCCACCACAGAUUUGACCCCUGGGGGGUUUGGCACCCAUAUUUCAAAAUAAAGGUUGAAUUAAUAAAAAACACAUCCAUGGAAAGAACAGCUUGGCAUUAACCUUGAUACAGGAGUAAACAGCACACGACUGACAUGAACGACUUCUCCGAAAAUGUCCUGAUAUGCGGGCCCAAAACAAGGGACAAUAUGUUUUUUGGGCUCGCCUAUCAGAGGCCAUUUUGGAAGAUGACUGCAAUGGCUCCCAGAGGGCAAAUGUGAUGGCCCAAUAUCUAAAUCUGUUAUUUAUACAGGAAUCUACAUCUGUGUCAAAUGGUGCUUGUAUCACAAACUGAACUAUUAUUAUGCUUAGCUGCCAAACUAUUAUUAGGGUAGCGUCGAUUGAAUUCCAGCCUUACUUUCAUCAUAUAAUGCCACAACUAUUUUUUACUGGUACAUAGUGGUGUUGAAAGAAUCAAUAUGAGUUACAUAAUCAUGUCAUGUGAUCUAAUUUUAGACCCUCCCUUGUUCCUCACAUAUUACAUCAUCAGUUUGCUGGGAUUUCAAUUUUAAAAAAAUCACAAAACUAUAUAUAGAAUCGAACAUACUGUAUAGAGCUUUAUUUUCAAUCUAAUAUAUCACACAAGGCUAUAGUUGUGCAUCUAAAAGGGGGAAAUGAUUGGUAAUUUUUGGGAUCUUGUGAGGUACUCAAAUUAAAUUGCUGCGGUCCCAUGCUUUGGAUUAGGGGAGGAGUCCAGCAUGCAGAAGAGUAAUGGGCCUCACAUGCUGACCUGCCUGGUCCUCCUCACUGUGUCUGUCAGAACUAAUCUGGACCCGGCCGGCCUGCCUGGCCAACCAGGCGGCAGCAUCAAUUGGAGACCUCAUGGUGCAGCAAAGUGGGUUCUCUGCUGAUGGGCCAACGUCCAGCUCCAAUUUACACUUGGAUCAAAAGUUGUUCAUUUUCUCUAAGCAAGACUGUAGUGACCAUUGAAUGUGUGGUGGUGGAGCAGCUAUUAACGGUUACGAAACUCUCUCAGUUGUAAGAACAAUGAUUUUAAGAAAUCCAAUCAGAAUAAUACCACCAAAAUCAAUGCCAUUUUCAAGGGGCCAAAGGUAAAAUAUGGUGAAAAUGGGCAUAAUGGCAAUUUUUAUUGAUUUAGGCCAGAUUAAUUCAGUCAAUAAAAACUUGGGUGUAUUGUCAAAAACAUAAACAAUGACGACAAAUGACCAUAGACUAUGGAAUGACAAUGCAAUCGUCUACGUACAGUGGGGAAAAAAAGUAUUUAGUCAGCCACCAAUUGUGCAAGUUCUCCCACUUAAAAAGAUGAGAGAGGCCUGUAAUUUUCAUCAUAGUUACACGUCAACUAUGACAGACAAAUUAAGAAAAAAAAAAUCCAGAAAAUCACACUGUAGGAUUUUUAAUGAAUUAUUUGCAGAUUAUGGUGGAAAAUAAGUAUUUGGUCACCUACAAACAAGCAAGAUUUCUGGCUCUCACAGACCUGUAACUUCUUCUUUAAGAGGCUCCUCUGUCCUCCACUCGUUACCUGUAUUAAUAGCACCUGUUUGAACUUGUUAUCAGUAUAAAAGACACCUGUCCACAACCUCAAACAGUCACACUCCAAACUCCACUAUGGCCAAGACCAAAGAGCUGUCAAAGGACACCAGAAACAAAAUUGUAGACCUGCACCAGGCUGGGAAGACUGAAUCUGCAAUAGGUGAGCAGCUUGGUUUGAAGAAAUCAACUGUGGGAGCAAUUAUUAGGAAAUGGAAGACAUAAAAGUCCACUGAUAAUCUCCCUCGAUCUGGGGCUCCACGCAAGAUCUCACCCAUGGGGUCAAAAUGAUCACAAGAACGGUGAGCAAAAAUCCCAGAACCACACAGGGGGACCUAGUGAAUGACCUGCAGAGAGCUGGGACCAAAGUAACAAAGCCUACCAUCAGUAACACACUACGCCGCCAGGGACUCAAAUCCUGCAGUUCCAGACGUGUCCCCCUGCUUAAGCCAGUACAUGUCCAGGCCCGUCUGAAGUUUGCUAGAGUGCAUUUGGAUGAUCCAGAAGAGGAUUGGGAGAAUGUCAUAUGGUCAGAUGAAACCAAAAUAGAACUUUUUGGUAAAAACUCAACUCGUCGUGUUUGGAGGACAAAGAAUGCUGAGUUGCAUCCAAAGAACACCAUACCUACUGUGAAGCAUGGGGGUGUAAACACCAUGCUUUGGGGCUGUUUUUCUGCAAAGGGACCAGGACGACUGAUCCGUGUAAAGGAAAGAAUGAAUGGGGCCAUGUAUCGUGAGAUUUUGAGUGAAAACCUCCUUCCAUCAGCAAGGGCAUUGAAGAUGAAACGUGGCUGGGUCUUUCAGCAUGACAAUGAUCCCAAACACACCGCCCGGGCAACGAAGGAGUGGCUUCGUAAGAAGCAUUUCAAGGUCCUGGAGUGGCCUAGCCAGUCUCCAGAUCUCAACCCCAUAGAAAAUCUUUGAGGGAGUUGAAAGGCCGUGUUGCCCAGCGACAGCCCCAAAACAUCACUGCUCUAGAGGAGAUCUGCAUGGAGGAAUGGGCCAAAAUAGUGUGUGAAAACCUUGUGAAGACUUACAGAAAACGUUUGACUGUGUCAUUGCCAACAAAGGGUAUAUAACAAAGUAUUGAGAAACUUUGUUAUUGACCAAAUACUUAUUUUCCACCAUAAUUUGCAAAUAAAAUCAUAAAAAAUCCUACAAUGUGAUUUUCUGGAUUUUUUUUUCUCAUUUUGUCUGUCAUAGUUGACGUGUACCUAUGAUGAAAAUUAAAGGCCUCUCUCAUCUUUUUAAGUGGGAGAACUUGCACAAUUGGUGGCUGACUAAAUACUUUUUUCCCCCACUGUAUGUAGGUUAUGUUUGCAUACAAGCUUUUGUCAAAUUUUCAGAUUCUCACAUUAUUUCUAUUGUACAGAGCCUUCAGAAAGUUUUCAUACCACUUGACUUAUUCCACAUUUUGUUGUGUUACAGCCUGAAUUCAAAAUUGAUUAAAUUGAUUAGAUAUCUACAGUAAAUAUCUAUUUUACACAAUUAUUCACUCCCCUGAGUAAAUACAUGUUAGAAUCACCUUUGGCAGUGAUUACAACUGUAAGUCAUUCUGGGUAAGUCUUUAAGAGCUUACCACACCUGGAUUGUACAAUAUUUGCACAUUAUUCUUUAACAAAUUAUUCAAGCUCUGUCAAGUUGUUUGUGAUCAUUGCUAGACAGUCAUUUUCAAGUCUUGCUAUAGAUUCUCAAGCCAAUUUAAGUCAAAACUGUAAUUAGGCCACUCAAUGUCAUCUUGGUAAGCAACUCCAGUGUAUAUUUGGCCUUGUGUUGUAGGUUAUUGUCCUGCUGAAAGGUGAAUGUGUCUUCCAGUGUCUGUUGGAAAGCAGACUGAACCAGGUUUUCCUCUAGGAUUUUGCCUGUGCUUAGCUCUAUUCCAUUAACUUUUAUCCAAAAAAAAACUCCCUAUUCCUUGCAGAUGACCAGCAUACCCAUAACAUGAUGCAGCCACCACCAUGCUUGAAAAUAUGAAAAGUGGUACUCAGUGAUGUGCCCAAACAUAACGCUUUGUAUUCAGGACAUAAAGUUCAUUUCUCUGCCACAUUUCGUGCAGUUUUACUUUAAUGCCUUAUUGCAAACAGGAUACAUGUUUUGGAAUAUUUUUAUUCUGUACAGGCUUCCUUCUUUUCACUCUGUCAUUUAGGUUAGUACUGUGGAGUAACUACAAUGUUGUUGAUCCAUCCUCAGUUUUCUCCAAUCACAGCCAUUAAACUCUGUAACUGUUUUAAAGUCACCAUUGGCCUCAUGGUAAAAUCCCUGAGUAGUUUCCUUCCUCGCUGACAACUGAAUUAAGAAGGACGCCUGUAUCUUUGUAGUGACUGGGUGAAUUGAUACAUCAUCCAAAGUGUAAUUAAUAACUAACUUCACCAUGCUCAAAGGGAUAUUCAAUGUCUGCUUUUUUUUUACCCAUCUACCACUAGUAGCCCUUCUUUGCAAGGCAUUGGAAAACCUCCCUGGUCUUUGUGGUUGAAUCUGUGUUUGAAAUUCACUGCUUGACUGAGGGACCUUACAGAUAAUUGUAUGUGUGGGGUACAGAGAUGAGGCAGUCAUUAAAAUAAACAUGUUAAACACAGGGGUUGAAUACAUUUCAGAUUUUCAUUUUUAAUUAAUUUGUUUAAAAAAAUCUGAAAACAUAAUUCCACUUUGACAUUAUGGGGUAUUGUGUGUAGGCCAGUGACACAAAAUCUAAAUUUAGUCCAUUUUAAUUUCAGGCUGUAACACAACAAAAUGUGGAAAAAGUCAAGGGGUGUGAAUACUUUCUGAAGGCACUGUAUUUACUGUACUAUAUGUAAUAAUAUAGUGAUGUGUUGUGUAUUGACAUUCUCUUGUAUUGACAUUCUAUUUUGAUACGCACAUUCAUCUGUCAGGCCCCCUUGCUUACCCACUGGCUUUACACCCCCUGCUAUAUUAUGGAUAAAGAGUUACCUGUUUAAUGGAAGCCUCUCCAACAUGAUCCAGGUAGAAUCAGGAAUUCCACAGGGUAGGCCCCUUACUUUUUUCAAUCUUUACUAACAACAUACCACUGGCUUUGAGUAAAGCCAGUGUGUCUAUGUAUGCGGAUGACUCAACACUAUACACGUCAGGUACUACAGCGACUGAAAUGACUGCAGCACUUAACAAAGAGCUGCAGUUAGUUUCAGAAUGAGUGGCAAGGAAUAAGUUAGUCCUAAAUAUUUCUAAAACUAAAAGCAUUGUAUUUGGGACAAAUCAUUCACUAAACCCUAAACCUCAACUAAAUAUUGUAAUGAAUAAUGUGGAAAUUGAGCAAGUUGAGGAGACUAAACUGCUUGGAGUAACCCUGGAUUGUAAACUGUCAUGGUUAGGGCUGUUACGUGACCCUAUUACCGCCACACCGGCAGUCAGGAGUCAUGACCGCAGUCAAAUUCCAUGUGACCAUUGAGUCAUGGUAACUAGGCUUCUCUAAAACUGUCUCUGAUGCCUCUGAUGGUCAUUAGUAGCCUACCAAACUUGCUAACGGCCAGACGCUAAUCACCAGUACUCAGCACUCUAUUGUCCCUCUAAUCACUCUGACAUCAAUGCAAAUGCCAUCAAAAAUCAAACACUUAAUGAGAGCCCUGGCAUUCAGAGUUUGAGCAGAAUACGAUCACCUGCUGCGCAGCAAGAGCCAGCUCCUCUUAGCUGUUUGAUGCAUGGAAUAAAAUAAGUGUUGCAGUUGCGCAACAUUUCUAUAGGCAAUGCUAUGCUCUAUUAAAAGAGGAGGAUCCCGUCAGCUAGGCCUACUAUAUUUAUUUCUCAACUUUCCAUAUAUUAAGCACAUUGCUUUGCUUUACAACCAGAGUAGCCUACCUGGCUUCCUCCAUUUGCUAUUCAACUGCAUAUGGAUGACAUGUCUUUUUUUUACCCUGCCCCUGUUCCUACAGGUGCAUGAUUAUGGCCCAUUCUAAAUCUAAACAAAUUUCACACAUAUUAUUUAGUGUAUGUAAAGACCAGUCCUUAAAUCGGGAGGUGCCUGAACAAAAAGUGAGCUCGAGAGGGGGGUGACAUGGGGAGCUCUGAGGUACCGGAACGCAUAAAAUAACCCACCUUUAUAAUAAAUAAUUUCAAGCAUAUCAUCGUAUUUGCUUAGUGGCAUAGAGCUGUAGAGUUGAGGCACUUACAGAUAUUGCAUGCAUGGGGAACAUUUUUAGUAGCCUAGGAUCCCGGAAAAAUUUGUCAUUUUAUAAAUGCAUCUCAUGCAAUUCUAAGUAAUUUUACAUGACUGGAGACUGGCAGAAUCUUUUUUAAUACUGCACAAAUUAUCAAAAUGACAGGCUACUUUGACACUGACAAAGUGAGAAUCUGAGAUCGAUAAAAACGACCAUGUCUUUAAUCCAUCAAUAGCCUAGGCCUAGGUGUGUGUGGAGACACAUAUAUUGUAGGCUACAAUAUGAGGAGGAAAUUAUAGUCCUAAAAAUGCUUUCCAGUUUCACUGACUCACCCAAUGAUGCACAGCUCACUCGCCGGUGAUGGCCGAUGCGUUCAUGCCAAAAACCUAUAGCUCUCUUGUUUUACUUUGUAAAACAAUAUUUGGAAGUUGAUCAAAUAUUUUGGUAGCCUACAGCAUACAGAUUAGAAUCUUCUCUUUUCAGCAGGAGCCAUUUGCUUUCCAACCUGUGUUUUCCUGCGAUUGUAUUUGAAAUAUUUCCAAAAUUAUCGAAAUGCAGGCUACUUUGACACUGACAAAGUGAGAAUCUGAGAUCAAUAAAAACGACCCUGUCUUGAAUCCAUCAAUAGCCUAGGCCUAGGUGUGUGUGGAGACGCAUAUAUUGUAGGCUACAAUAUGAGGAGGAAUUUAUAGUCCUAAAAAUGCUUUCCAGUUUCACUGACUCACCCAAUGAUGCACAGCUCACUCGCUGGUGAUGGCCGAUGCGUUCAUGCCAAAAGCCUAUAUCUCAAAUCAAAUAUCAAAUCAAAUCAAAUGUUAUUAGUCACAUGCGCUGAAUACAACAGGUGUAGACCUUACCGUGAAAUGCUUACUUAAAGCCCUUUACCAACAAUGCAGUUUUAAGAAAUUAGAGUUAAGAAAAUAUUUACUAAAUAAACUAAAAAAUAAAUAAAACAAUUAUUUAAGAAAGUAUCACAAUAAAAUAACAAUAAUGUGGCUAUAUACAGGGGGUACCGGUACCGAGUCAAUGUGCGGGGGUACAGGUUAGUCGAGGUAAUUUGUACAUGUAGGUAGGGGUAAAAUGACUAUGCAUAGAUAAUAAACAGUGAGUAGCAGCAGUGUAAAAACAAAGUUCCUAACUUUGGCUGGUCCACUACAAGAUUUGAUUAGGAGGGGAACACAAAACGUGCACAGCCUCACCAUCAUUAUCCAACUUAACUCAGAAUUACAUUACAUUGGGCUUGACCGAAAACUGAGCCAAAUGGAUUAUACAGGAGGCGUAUCCAAACAAAGUGACUCAGUGUGGAGCUCCAAUGCAAUUUGUCCCAUGCACACAAACCCCUGACACACCUCUCUACUAGAGAGUCUUAUUUAUUAAUGCUAUUGGCCGUGGAAGGGUUGUAACCAAUCAGGGACCAUGUGACUACUCUGGAACCGGCACAGAGUCUAUUUAACUGGAGCCAGAGAUACUGUGACUUCAUUCACACACCACUGUCCAUAGGGUAGUGUAUAGAUCUAUAGUACUCUGUUGUAUCAUCUAGGGGGAAAUCCUACAUCAUAACAAAUACAACAACAUCAACAUCAGGCUUUAUUUUUGCUAUUUCAAGACCUACCGUAUAUCAACCACAUAACCUUCAAAAUGCACAGCAAAGAUCAGAUCUGGUAAGUCAUUGCUUUUUCCUUUACUGGUGUUUGGGUGAGUUUUCCAGUGUGUAUAUUUUUUGUAGGAUUCAAUCUGGACACCAUUGAAGUGCCAGCUGUUUUUGUGUGAAAUCAAGUUGUCCUCAUUACUUGAAUGUUAGUAGAAUACAUUAUCUGUCCUUAAUAGAUUUGUUUUGUCUUGUUGGUUAUUCGCUUAACUUUUUUGUACAGAGUAAUAAUAUUAAUGUUGUUUCAUGCCACCUUUAGUUUUAUGCAUUCUGUGCUUUUGCCACAGCAUUUUAUUGACAACUUUCACAGUUAUUAGACAAACCAGUACUGAGGAUGGAUUUUGUUUCUCGUUCUGCUUAGGUCAGACAGAUGAAUACCCUUUUAUGGCAAUAAUGAGUAGUAUUGCCUGAUUCCUGAUUCCUGUAAAACAGGACAUCUCACUCAUCCUGAAGGUGUAUCUGAGCAUAUGCUAUACCAUGGUUGGGUUCAAUUUGAAAUGAAGUCAGUCAAUUCAGGAAGUACAUUGAAAUUCCAUUUCAAAAGCUUUUCAAUUUUUCAGUUUAAAUUGACCCUAACCCUGUUCUAUACACACAUGAUGUAUGUUAAGUAAAAUCACAUGUAGUCUGUACAUGCACAUGCACAUUCACAAUGGAACAUACAAGACCUGUUGUCUUAAAAGAUGUCAGAUUCUGUGUGAGAACUAAAUUGUCACUGAGGGGACCAUGUUAAUAAUAAUAAUAAUAAUAAUAUUAUUAUUAUUAUAAUAUAUGCCAUUUAGCAGACCCUUUAUCGAAAGCGACUUACAGUAUUGUCCAUGACAGGAUAGUUAUUGUUCCCAGAGCCCGCGCUAGACAGUCUGAGUCAGUGUUCUCCUCGUCCUGUUUCCUUAGUCAUGAUGACUACCAGAAGACAGCCAGCUGGCUCCUGUCCCAGACGCAGCACAGGCCCAAAGUGGCCAUCAUCUGUGGCUCUGGACUGGGCAUGCUGGCUGAUGCUCUCAAAUGCCAGGACUCCUUCCCUUACUCCGACAUACCCGGGUUCCCACAGAGCACAGGUGAGAAAAAAAAUUAAUAUAAAGGAAGAAAGGAGAGAGAGAGAGAAAGAGAUAUGGGGGCUGGGAAUGUUCACAUGGACCAAGGGCAGAAGUUUGUGUAACAUACAUUGAUUGUUACAAUAAGAUAUACAAUAAUGAUCAACAUAAUAUACCUAACACACCACAAUGGCCAUGAUGGCAUUAACUUGGAAUCUUUGUUAUGAAAAUUAAACAGUCAGCAUAUUGAACAAGUUUAACGGCGUCGUUUACAUUUUAGUCAUUUAGCAGAUGCUCUUAUCCAGAGCAAUUUACAGUUAGUGAGUGCAUACAUAUUUCAUACUGGCCCCCCGUGGGAAACGAACCCACAACCCUGGCGUUGCAAGUGCCAUGCUCUACCAACUGAGCUACAGGGGACUACAGGGUCAUUAAAUGUGUUUUUGGACUGUUGUUUAUGUGACAAUGACUGUGUUUGUGUUUGUGUGUGUGUGUGUGCGUGUGUGUGUGUGUGUGUGUGUGUGUGUGGCUUCACAGUGCAAGGACACGCUGGGAGACUGGUGUUUGGGGAGCUGAAAGGGAAGAUGUGUGUUUGCAUGCAGGGCCGUUUCCACAUGUAUGAGGGACACUCACUCUGUAAGGUCAGUAUGGGGAUGGCGAUAGUGAGUACCAUAGUGAGGGUUGAUAAGGAAUGAGGAAGUUCCUAAUAUGGUGCUGUUAUUUUUCAUCUAUUUGUGCCAAUGGGGAUGGCGUUAACACUCUUUUCAUUGUUUCUCGAUACUGAUCACUGUGGAUUGAGAAACAAUGAAAAUAGUGUUAAUGCACAUCCCCAUUGGCACAAAUAGAUGAAAAAUAACAGCUGUCACUGUCCACUCAGGGAGCAAAUAUUAGUACCAAGAAACACACCAUAUUAGGAACUUCCUCAUUCCUUAUCAACCCUCAGCCCUCCCCUGGUCGUCUCAACCAUGCACUAAUCAAGCGUCGCCCCUCCGCCUCACCUCUCUCACCCGUGCAUCAGUCAGAUCUCACCAACCAGAAAAAUAGAAAGUGACAUAUAAUUUGAAAGCUACAGCCCUUGUCUUUUUGGAAAUUGAACUGUGGUAGCAGAACUUGGGGUGAGCUGUUGGGGAUAUGUUCUGUGUUGGACUGUGAUGUUAUGCCUUUCAUAGACUCAUGGUAUGUCUGCACCCUUACACAAGGCCAUUGUGCUCCGGAACUGUUGAUUGUAUUGAAAUAACUGUUGUGUGAACAAUAUGAUUGUAUUAUCACCUCCCACUAUAUAAGGGACAUGUAACCAUUUCUUCUUUGAAAUCAGAGGUGGGUCUCCCCUGCAGCUGCUUGUAUUAAAGAGGUUUCUAUUAUAUCAUGAAAUAGUCUCUGCCUUAAUCUUUGGAUUGAAUUUUCCACAACACACCCAAUGAGUCACAGCAUCUGAAUUUGGGUGAUCACGUUGACCUGCAUCACAUGGCUAAUUCACUCGCUAAAAAAACGCAGUGCCAACCAAUGCUGCUACUGUCUUCCUUGCAUAACUCCAGGUUUUGUUAAGUUGGCUCUGGGCUCAGGCAGUUACUGAAGGAAUAUGUUGUUCUGUCCCACUACAGGCUUACUGAAUCUGUGUUGUGUUCCAACUUCUUUUGGGUUAACCCUAUCAUUUUCUCUCUCUCUCUCUCUCUCUCUCUCUCUCUCUCUCUCUCUCUCUCUCUCUCUCUCUCUCUCUCUCUCUCUCUCUCUCUCUCUCUCUCUCUCUCUCUCUCUCUCUCUCUCUCUCAGACUACCUUUCCUGUGCGGGUAUUUAAGCUCCUGGGGGUAGAGACCCUGAUUGUGACCAAUGCAGCAGGCUCGCUGGCAGACAGCUACCAGGUUGGGGACAUCAUGAUCAUCAAAGAUCACAUCAACUUCCCUGGCCUGGCUGGGCUCAAUCCCCUCAACGGACCCAAUGAUGACAAGUGAGUGAGAUCUUCUAGUCUAGGUCAGGGGUUCUCACUUUAUAAUGGGUCCUACUAACUAAUUACCACAAACAACCUCAAAAUACCAGAAACGACUCCACAGAGCCUUUGGUGCUGUGUAACCCUUUAGUGAUGUGGUUCAGUAGCCUACAUGUUUCAUUAGAGCCCAUCAUUGCUUGAUGUUCUUUAUUCAGCUUCAUAGAUGAACAUUUACAUUCAUAUUCAUCACAAUUCUCUUAUUUGAACAUCAUAUUGUUUUGUGUUGACCAGGUUUGGUCCCCGGUUCCCUCCCAUGUCUGGUGUGUAUGACAAAGACCUGCGGAAAAUAGCCUUUGACCUCUGUAAGAGCAUGGGCAUCUCUCAGUUCGUCCAGGAGGGGGUUUACUGUAUGGUGGGAGGGCCCAACUUCGAGACCAUCGCAGAGGCCAGACUUCUUCACAGACUAGGGGUGAACGCUGUGGGUAAGAGAACUAGAACUUGUUCACUCCCAGAUAGAUUAUAGAUUAUAGCAUGGUCCCAGAUCUGUUUUUGCUCUCUUGGUAGAUUUAUCUAUUUAAGUGCUUGGUGAUUGAUCAUUUUAGGGCAACAUUUUAUAAGACAUCUGAGAUAUGCUUUGUGCAUUAGACUUGUAUUCCUUCAUAAAAAUGUAGGUCCCCACUCUAAUGCAUUAUAGUAUGUAGGAGUAGCAGUAGGUGUUCUUAUCUUCUCCCCUCUCCUCUUCUCCUCAUAGGAAUGAGCACAGCACCAGAGGUGGUGGUAGCCACCCACUGUGGCAUGAGGGUGUUUGGCCUCUCUCUCAUCACCAACAAGGUGGUCAAGAGCUAUGACGACACUGAGUCGGUCAACCAUGAAGCUGUACUGGAGAUCAGCAAGCUGCGCUCGCAAACCCUGCAGACGCUGGUCACCGAGCUGGUCGGCCGGAUGGACAUCAACAACAACACGGUCUGA